CAUAAAAAAUAGUGUGAUCAAAAAUGGUACUUGAGUAUAAAAACAAAUACAUAGUUACAUUUUUAUAUUUUUGGAUUGAUAAACUUGGAGAAAUUUAAUUUCCAAAUCUAAGAGGUAUUUUUUACUACACUACACUAUGUUAUGCAAUUUUGUGCUAAUCUGCAUUUUUCCACCAACAAUUGGGUAUAAUUUUUGUGCUUGAAUUUGAUACAUAUUCUCAAAAAUAUACUUUAAUUUCAUAACACAAUGCAAAUUUAUUUCAAAAUAACUUGCUUUUUUUAGUUAAAAUAAUGGAAAAAUUUGACUGGUUAUCAACAAUUAAAACUAACAUCUGGCUUCUCCACAUUGUAGGAUUAUGGCCUAAAGACAACCAAACUUACAAAUGUAAUUAUUACACCUUGUAUGCACUUUCUUCUGGAAUAUGUUUUACUGUUGGUCACAACUUACUGCAAACCAUUAACCUGUUUUACAUUUACAACAAUUUGGAAGUGCUCACUGCAUCAAUUUUUGUAUCACUCACACAGUUUAUUGGUAUUUUUAAAUCACUGUUCAUUGUGAAAAACAUAAAAACACUUAAAGAUCUUAUGGAUUCUCUAAAAAGUGAUACAUUUCAACCAAAAAACCGUAGACAACGAGAAUUAGCCCAAAUAAGUUUAGAUGGUUGGCAAACUAUGUUUCACUUUUUUUGUGGUGUUGGAGGUUUUACAGUGCUUAUUUUAUCCGUGUUUCCUUUUUUGGACCAAAGUUUUAAACAGUAUCGACUACCAUUCUUAGUUUGGUACCCAUACGAUACAAAUAUCUCACCAUUUUACGAAAUUACAUAUUUAUAUCAAGCACUUUGUUGCUACUUUAUUAGUGUUGUAAAUAUGAUGACAGAUACGCUUAUUGCUGCACUAAAUAUGUAUAUUGGAGCUCAGUGUGAUAUUCUGUGUGAUACAAUAAGACACAUAAAUGGUCCAGAUAAAGAGCUGGAUGUAAUGUGGUUAAAUUGUAUCAUACACCACAGAAAAAUUUUAAGAUUUGCUGACUGUUCGCAACAGUAUUUUAAUUGGAUUGUCUUAUUGCAAUUUGCGGCAAGUGUAGUCUCAAUUGGGUUAUCAAUGUUUCAGUUAACGGUGGUUGUCCCAUUUACGAGUGUAUUUUAUACGUUUUGUUCUUACGUUGUGGCCAUAGCUCUUGAAACGUUUAUCUAUUGUUGGUAUGGAAAUCAGGUGGAACUUAAGAGUAGCGAAAUAAUGUACGCCACAUUUGAAUCAAACUGGGUAGAUGCUCCAAUCGACAUAAAAAAGAAAAUACAAUUUUUUUCCUUAAGAUGCCAGAAACCUAUUAAAAUGUCAUCUUUAAAAAUAUUUUAUCUAACAUUAGAGACUUUUAUGAAGAUUCUUCAAACAUCUUGGUCAUAUUUUGCCCUUCUUCAUCAGGUUAAUAGUAAAAAAUAAAGUUAAAAAUUCAAUGCACCUGCACUGUUAAAUUGUUGGAAAAAUAAACUACAAUU